AUGUCGUUGGAUAAGAUAAUGAAGGCAACAAUAUUUAUAAUAACACCUACUGUAGCUCAAAAAAGUACAGUAGAGGAACUAUUCGAAAUUCCUAUAACUCAUCAUUUAUUACCUAUCUGUCUUAUGGCUCUCGUCCUACUUACCUUAUUAUUAGCAUGUCUUUAUGACUGCAAAGUUAAUAGGGAUUGUUGCAGGAAAUGCUCGGGAUCGGGAUCAUCAUGGGCUGCUAAAACCGGUAUACACUUAUAUGAUGGUGAAACAGGUGAAUCGAGGGUAACCGGCGGCGAAUAA